AUGGCUGCGCCUGUCAAGCAGGGCCCGAAGAGAUCCGGAGGCGGGGAGUGUGAGGUCCCACAGGAACACCUCAGCCCGGCCCGCUUCCUGGUGCUCUUCCACCUGCUUGACGGUUUGUAUGGGACUGUUACCAGCCCUGCUUCAGGAGUGCAGGAAAUGAAAAUUGGCCCCAUCACCUUUCAGUUGGCCACUGGAGAUAUUGCUAAAGAAGAGGCAGAUGUGAUUGUAAAUUCAACAACAAAGACAUUUGAUCACAAAGCAGGGGUCUCCAAAGCAAUUUUGGAAAAGGCUGGACAAAAUGUGGAAAUAGAAUGUUCUCGCCUAGCUCAACAGCACAUCAAUGGUUAUAUAAUUACUGAUGGUGGAGCACUGAAGUGCAAGAAUAUUAUUCAUGUCGAUGGUGGAGCUGAUGUCAAGAGAUCAGUUACCUGUGUUUUGCAAGAGUGUGAAAAAUUGAAUCACUCGACCAUUUGCCUCCCAGCCAUUGGGACAGGAAGUGCUCAACAAGACCCAGAUAAGGUUGCUGAAGCCAUAAUGGAUGCCAUUGAAGACUUUACCCAGAAAGGUCUAGACCAGUCUGUGAAGAAAGUUAAAGUUGUUGUCUUUCAGCCUCAAAUAAUGGAUGUUUUUUGUGCCAAAGUGAAAAAAAGAGAAGGCUCCCAGGCUCCCUCACAGUCUAUAAUAUCCAAAAUUGCAUGUUUGUUUGGGACUGAUACCAGCCCUGCUUCAGGAGUGCACGAAAUUAAAAUUGGCCCCAUCACCUUCCAGGUGGCCACUGGAGACAUUGCUAAAGAAGAGGCAGAUGUGAUUAUAAAUUCAACAACAAAGACAUUUGAUCACAAAGCAGGGGUCUCCAAAGCAAUUUUGGAAAAGGCUGGACAAAAUGUGGAAAUAGAAUGUUCUCGCCUAGCUCAACAGCACAUCAAUGGUUAUAUAAUUACUGAUGGUGGAGCACUGAAGUGCAAGAAUAUUAUUCAUAUCCAUGGUGGAGCUGAUGUCAAGAGAUCAGUUACCUGUGUUUUGCAAGAGUGUGAAAAAUUGAAUCACUCGACCAUUUGCCUCCCAGCCAUUGGGACAGGAAGUGCUCAACAAGACCCAGAUAAGGUUGCUGAAGCCAUAAUGGAUGCCAUUGAAGACUUUAUCCAGAAAGGACUUGUCCGGUUUGUGAAGAAAGUUAAAGUUGUUAUCUUUCAGCCUCAAAUAAUGGAUGUUUUUUGUGCCAACAUGAAAAAAAGAGAAGGCUCCCAGGCUCCCUCACAGUCUAUAAUGUCUAAAAUUGCAUUUGAGAUCCCUGGACACUGGAGUGAUAUGAAGCAGCAGCGUGUCUGUGUGGUUGAGCUACAGCCUGGUCAACCACAAUACAGAAAAGUCGCAGAUGCCUUCAAUCUGACCUGCUCACAAUUCAAGAUAGAGAAGAUUGAGAGAAUCCAGAAUCCAAGUCUCUGGAAGCAGUACCAGACAAAGAAAAAAACUAUGGAUGACAAGAAUGGCCAUAUACAAAAUGAGAAGCUGCUCUUCCAUGGGACAAAUGCUGACUCCUUGCCACAUAUCAAUCAACAUGGCUUUAACCGCAGUUAUGCAGGAAAGAAUGCUGCGGUAUAUGGAAAGGGAACCUACUUUGCUGUCCAGGCCCUUUAUUCUGCCGAUGAUACUUACUCCAGACCAGACGCAAAUGGGAAAAAGCAUGUGUAUUAUGUGCGUGUGCUUACUGGAUUGUACGCACUUGGAAAUCGAUCAUUACUUGUGCCUCCUCCAAAAAAUCCUCAAAAUCCUCUUGACCUGUAUGAUACUGUCACAGAUAAUGUGAGCACUCCAAGUUUAUUUGUGGUAUUUUAUGACUACCAGGCUUACCCAGAAUACCUCAUUACUUUUAAAACAUAA